AUGCCGCGGCCCGCUCACCUCCCCUUCGCCUUCUUCGCCUCCGCGUCCUUCGCGAACCUGGUCGCGUCGCCGAGGACGAUCGCGAACGUCUCCGCGGAGUCGUCGUACUCGUACUUCUCCCUCACCGCGGCGAUCACGUCCUCGCGCGUAAACCCGGGCGCGUCCGCGUCGCGCGCGCGGAGCGACUUGAGAAUAUCCUCGCACGCGUCCGCGAGACGCGCGCGCGCGGCCGCCUUGUCCGCGUUCGUCGCCGCGACCGUCCUCGUGUCGAGCUCGAAGUUCGGCGGGGACGUGGACUUCCUGGACGAGUGCCUCCGGACGGCGACGCCGGGGAGAUCGCCCGCGACGGGCGCGGCGACGGAGGUCAUCGUUCGCCGCACGCGACGAGUCACCGAAGGGACGCGGACGCGCGCGGUUUGA